GCAGGAGGCGAGCUGCAGCCUGGUCCCGGUGCGCGGAUGAAAGUGCAGAAGAAGCUGUCUCGGGAAAGAACAGGUUGUUCUUCUGAAAAGAUGGCUCUUUCUCUGAACUUCUUGGUGAGCUUUUCUUUCAUGCUGCUAAGUCACUGGAUUGGUUUAACAUCAUCCCUGAACCUCGAAGAUCCAAACGUGUGCAGCCACUGGGAAAGCUAUUCAGUUACGGUGCAAGAGUCGUAUCCCCACCCCUUCGAUCAAGUUUACUACACCAGCUGUACUGACAUACUAAAUUGGUUUAAAUGUACAAGACACAGGAUCAGUUAUCGUACAGCCUACCGACAUGGAGAAAAAACUAUGUACAGGCGCAAAUCCCAGUGUUGUCCUGGGUUUUACGAAAGCAGGGAAAUGUGUAUUCCCCACUGUGCUGAUAAAUGUGUCCACGGUCGCUGUGUCGCUCCCAACACCUGUCAGUGUGAACCGGGCUGGGGUGGGCCUGACUGCUCCAGUGCCUGCGACAGUGAUCACUGGGGACCUCACUGCAGCAGCCGCUGCCAAUGCAAACAUGAAGCCCUGUGCAAUCCCAUCACUGGGGCCUGUCACUGCUCCUCUGGUUUCAAGGGCUGGCGCUGUGAGGAGCUCUGUGACCAGGGUACCUAUGGGAACGAUUGCCAUCAAAAGUGCCAGUGCCAGAAUGGAGCCACUUGUGAUCACAAGACUGGAGAAUGCCGGUGUCCACCUGGCUAUACCGGAGCUUUCUGUGAGGAUCUCUGUCCCCCUGGCAAGCACGGGUCCCAGUGUGAAGAGCGAUGUCCCUGCCAAAAUGGAGGCGUGUGUCAUCAUGUAACUGGGGAGUGUUCCUGCCCUACUGGCUGGGUGGGCACAGUCUGUGGUCAGCCUUGCCCCGAAGGGCGCUUUGGAAAGAAUUGCUCCCAGGAGUGCCAGUGCCAUAACGGAGGUGCAUGUGACUCGGAGACGGGUCAGUGUCGCUGCAGCCCAGGCUACGCUGGGGAGCGGUGCCAGGAUGAGUGCCCCGUUGGGAUGUAUGGCGUACAAUGUGCCGAGACCUGCCAGUGCAUGAAUGGUGGGGAAUGUUAUCAUAUUAACGGUGCCUGCCUCUGUGAACUGGGAUACACUGGAGAACACUGCGAGACUCGGCUUUGCAGCGAAGGCAUCUACGGCAUCAAAUGUGACAAACAAUGUCCCUGCUACUUGAAGAACACCCAGAGCUGUCACCCGAUGUCUGGAGAAUGUUCCUGUAAGCCAGGCUCGUCUGGACUCUACUGUAACGAGACUUGUUCCCCUGGAUUCUAUGGUGAAGCUUGUGAGCAGAUAUGCAGCUGUCAAAAUGGGGCUGACUGCGAUAGUGUGACUGGAAAAUGCAUCUGUGCCCCUGGAUUUAAGGGCAUCGACUGUUCUAUUCCCUGUCCUCUGGAAACCUAUGGGGUGAACUGUUCCUCUCAGUGCGGCUGUAAGAAUGGCGCUAUCUGCUCUCCUGUGGACGGCUCUUGUGCGUGCAAACCAGGUUGGCACGGCGUGGAUUGCUCAAUCAACUGUCCCAGUGGCACAUGGGGCUUCAGCUGCAAUUUAACAUGCCAGUGCCUAAACGGAGGGGCCUGCAAUACUCUAGAUGGAACCUGCACCUGUGCCCCGGGCUGGCGAGGGGAGAAGUGUGAACUCACUUGCCAGGACGGAUCAUACGGGAUGAACUGUGCUGAGCGCUGUGACUGCAGUCAUGCGGAUGGUUGUCACCCAACCACAGGAUACUGUCGUUGCCUCCCAGGAUGGUCAGGUAUCCACUGUGACAGUGUGUGUGCUGAGGGAAGGUGGGGACCCAACUGCUCAUUGUCCUGUUACUGCAAAAAUGGAGCUUCGUGUUCCCCUGACGAAGGGAUCUGUGAGUGUGCACCAGGAUUCAGGGGCACAACUUGUCAGAGAAUUUGCUCCCCGGGGUUUUAUGGGCAUCGUUGCAGCCAGACCUGCCCCCAGUGUGUGCACAGCAGUGGGCCCUGCCACCAUGUCACGGGGCUUUGUGACUGCCUACCGGGAUUCACCGGAGCACUCUGUAAUGAAGUUUGUCCCAGUGGCCGAUUUGGAAAGAAUUGUGCUGGAAUCUGUCCGUGUACCAACAAUGGCACCUGCAAUCCCAUCGACAGCUCUUGCCAGUGUUUUCCAGGUUGGAUCGGUAGCGAUUGCUCUCAGCCCUGCCCGCCUGCCCACUGGGGUCCAAACUGCAUCCACACGUGCAGUUGCCACAACGGAGCCUACUGCAGUGCUUACGAUGGAGAAUGUAAAUGUACCCCAGGGUGGACCGGCCUCUACUGCACCCAGAGGUGCCCUCUAGGGCUGUAUGGAAAGGACUGUGCUUUAGGGUGCCAGUGCCAGAACGGAGCAGACUGUGACCACAUCUCAGGCCAAUGUACCUGUCGCACUGGAUUCAUGGGGAAACACUGCGAACAGAAAUGUCCCCCAGGAACAUAUGGCUAUGGCUGUCGACAGAUUUGUGACUGCCUGAACAAUUCUACUUGCGACCACAUCACAGGAACUUGUUACUGUAGCCCAGGCUGGAAAGGUGCGAGAUGCGAUCAAGCUGGUGUCAUAAUAGUUGGGAAUUUGAACAGUUUAAGUCGCACGAGUACUGUUAUCCCUGCUGAUUCAUACCAGAUUGGGGCAAUUGUUGGCAUCAUUAUUCUUAUCCUGGUUGUCAUCUUCCUAUUGGCACUGUUCAUUAUUUAUAGACAUAAGCAGAAGGGAAAAGAAUCAAAUAUGCCAGCAGUUGCCUACACACCUGCUAUGCGGGUCAUCAGUGCAGAUUACAGGAUUUCAGAUACCAUUCCGCACUGCAAUGGGGAAAACACAAACAGUCAUUAUUUCACCAACCCCAGUUAUCAUACUUUGACCCAGUGCACCCCAUCAUCUCAUGUCAACCUUAGGGACAGGAUGACCAUUGCAAAGACAGAUAAAAGCCAGCUGUUCGUGAAUCUUAAAAGUGUGGAUCCUGGAAAGCGAGGGCCCAUUGUGGACUACACGGGAACAUUGCCUGCAGAUUGGAAGCACAGCGGCUACCUCAAUGAGCUCGGUGCUUUUGGGCUUGAUCGAGGCUACGUGGGGAAAUCCCUGAAAGACUUAAAGCAUUCCGAAUAUAAUUCAAGUAGCUGUUCGCUCAACAGUUCAGAAAAUCCAUACGCUACCAUUAAAGACCCACCAGUUCUGAUCCCCAAAAGUUCAGAAUGUGGCUACGUGGAGAUGAAGUCACCCGCCCGGAGGGAUUACCCUUACACCGAAAUCAGCAGCUCUGUUUUAGGCAAUAAGAAUGUCUAUGAAGUUGAACCUACAGUGAGUGUGGUCCAAGGAGGAUUCGGGAACAAUGUCCCUUUUGGUCAAGAUCCAUACGACCUCCCGAAGAACAGCCACAUUCCAUGCCACUAUGACUUGCUCCCCGUCCGAGACACUCCGUCAUCCCCGAAGGAAGAGGUCAACGACGGAGAAUGAGGCCCAUGGAGCCCCAGGGAAGCACGGGGGACCGUUUUUCAAGAACUGUGAUCCGCUUCUCCUUCAUUCUCUAGUUUGCUACCUUCUUGGGAUGCUCGUCCAUUGGCUAGACAAUUGCUGAGCGUUUACCAAGAAUCUCAGAUGUGAGGUUUGUGGGUCACUGAAGGGGUGGGGGAUAGAUGACACGCGGAAGAAAUUCUAAGUUUUCUUUCCAAGUUACUUUUAUAGCAGCCCCAUACACUACAUUUCCAUCAUAACUCGCUGGUUGAAAACACCAGUUGGCCAAGCAACUCCAGCAACAUAAAGGUACAGCCCCAGGGCUUCACUAUCCAGAGUGCAUGAUGCCUCGCAUGACUCUCUCACUUCCACUGCAGCACGUUUCUCAGGAUGGUGCAGCCCCCACACCGUUCUUAGAGUAGCCGUAUGUUCAUUUUGCCCCACCUCUCUGGGCAGUCUCACCUUGCCUUGGCUUGUCCUCAUCCCUGGAGGCGGUGAAUGACACUAGCCGACAAGCCCAGAGGCUACUGCAAACUAGAAAGGAAACCUAGAAAGGAAUGCCAGUUUCCAGAUGGUGGAUUGUUUGAAGGAGUCGUGAAAGUUUGUCUUGGAUAGCUGUAGCUAGUGCUGGGGUUUGCCUCCAAAAUGAUUGAGCUUUUGGCAGAAUGGGGUUUGACUGACUUUGGGGCUUCCUGUCCCCAUCUCAGAACACUCCACUAACACUCUGUGACAUAUCAGUAAUUAUUCCACAAAUAUAGCAGUGAAACCAUUUUAUUUUUGACAGAAACUGAAUGAGUGUGUUAGAAAUGGGGAAAAAAAUGUGAUGAAUGCUGAAAAUUUGAAGUGCAAGAUAAGGUUUUGUAAACCACUCGUAUUAUGUAAUGUAAUAGAGAAUAAGAGUAGUACCAGGUUGUGGUUCGUUUUUCCCUAGCAAUGAGAGAAAUAUCUCUUUGUUCUUGUUAGAAAGGCACCUUCGCUUUUAUUAAGUGUUAAUAUAGGGAAACUAUGCUUAAGCUGGUCUUUAGCAUUGCUAAUACCUUGAUACAUGCACUCCCCCUUGUUUUCAUUAACUUGCCUCUCCCAUUUUAAUAUCGUGUACCUCUGUCUCCUAGUGCUCGUGCUUAUCGGUGAAAAAUAGAGCAUACGGCCAUUGCUUCUUGUAUUUUCGUCACCCAUCCUUUGUUUAGUUUGGAAAAGAAGCACUCACUGUUCUCUAAAAAAAACAAGGUACAAUUGUGCAAGUUUCUACAGUCAUUAACAGCUGUCAGAGGCAGGCCACAACCCAGAGUAGAGGACGGAUAACGGGUCCUAGGUUUUUGGCGUCUGAGCCGUAGGACGUGCCUCAAUCCCCCGAGGACUGUGGAAACAAUAGCACCAGUAGAAGAGCUAAUCUUGAAAUCCCAUUUUCAUGGGUGAAAUUGAAACAUAGUUGGCCUGCUAGUCUUUAGUGGUGGGGGUUGGGGGAAGGUUAGGAUUGGAAAGACCCUUUUCUUUUCACAAAGCCCACCACUACCAUCCACUAGAGAGAAGGAGAAACGCACCGGAAGGCAAUUCACCUACCUCAGAAUCAGUGAUUAGAGGCUCAUAGAGACUGGAAAUUUGUCAAGGCCAUGCUGGCUUUUUUCACCACAACUAAUUGGCCACCUUGGUAAAAUAAUUAGGGAGGAAAUUGCAGCAUUUCAUAGGAGUAAUGGGAUUCUACUAUCAAGCAACAGUAAUUUUUGAAGGCCUGUGUGCAGAGCACUGGGCUAAGCACUUGGAAGAGUCCAAAAGAAUGAGUAGACAUGAUCCCAACCCUCAAGGAGUGCAAAGUCUAUCAGAUUGGGAUACCAUAUUGGGAAAGGCAAGAUUAUCUAGACAUCCAUCAUUAUAUGGAUUUACCAAAGAUUGAGAAUCAUUCUGAAUAGAAAAGUGUUUGAGGGAAGAAAAAAAAAAGCUGCUGGGUUUUUUCUCCUAACGUUUCAAAUGGAACCACAUUGUGCUAUCAUCAAAAUAAUCUCCUCAGGCAUCUAAUGCUUACAGCCUAAGGCUCCUUGUUGAUAUAUCAUCGUGGCAAGGUACAGAAUAAAAGAAUUUGGGGAGGGGAGAAGCAGAGAGAUUCUACAUAUAAACAUACAAACCAGACUGAAUAAGAAAUAAUUUGCUACGUUGUUUCAAUAAACUUUAAACCUUUCUAGUUUGAGGAUAAAGGACACUGUGUAAGUGACAAUAUUUGAAAUUAACAUUCAUGACUUCCUCAUAUAGAAGUCCACUGGUGAUCAUGAUGCUGACGAAUUCAAAAUUGCCUUAAUUGAAUCAAUUCUCCUCUAAGUAACUCUAAAGAAAUCUUAACUCCCAGCAACUUCCAACCCAAACCAACCCAGUCCACUAACCUUUGGGCCACAAAAGGUCUGCUUAAGUGGGGAUUUGCUGAAAGACUUACCCCCAAAUCUAGUUUCUUUAACCAUUUCAGCUGUAGGAGUUUAGGUGAUCCAAAAACUGGCAUCACCUAGCGACGAGACUUCUAAAAGACCAAAUACACAGAAAGAAAGUGCAGGGGCUAGAAAGAAACACUGAGGAAAUUUGCCUUGUUUUGAGUUUUAAAGGCUUACAUUUUUGCAGUAGAGAUCCCUGUGAAUAGAGCUCACUCUGUAUACUCCCCAGAUUGAAGAAUUCAGAGCAUGAAAUGAAAAAAAAAAAAGUCAAUUUGUUUUAAUCCUUUAAAUCAGACAGGUGCAUUGUGUAUUAACUCUUGUACAGUAGACUUUGCCUUUUUGGGGAACAAUUAAUGCUAGUCAGUCUCUGUGUUCCUACCCCAGGCUUCAUUUUGAUAUGACUGAAUUAUAAUAUAUUUUUUAAAAGGAAAACUACAAACUAGGUCUGGCUUGUUUUAGUUGUAACACAAAAAAUGUUUUGUUGUUGAAAUAUCUCUACUUUCCAAAGAUAUAAUGGAUGCUCAGCAGUCGUACCCUUUGCUACCAUUUAUAACCACCAAACAUGCUUAUAGGUUCGUGUAAUAAAGUUUCUAAUGAAAGA